AUGACGAGUUGUGAUGUUUAUCGUCACCAGAGGCUUUCGAGUCCGCGUUCCAUUCGUCUGGUGUUGCUCCAUCGAAAUGCGAAUCUCAGCCCCGCCCAAGACCUCACUUGUGACCUUAUUGAGGCAAGCAGUCUGCGACGAAACCACCUUACACCGUCUCAGAUUGGCGCCAUAUUGGACACGGGUUUGGACCCUGCAAGAAUUCGCGCACAAAGCUGCCGCGAUACUGUAAUGCGAUUCGCAUCUUCUCCUCUUCGCCAAUCUUGCUCACCUCCUUGCGGUGGCCUUCAAGGACAAAACCAUGCCCACCCAGCAAGGGCUAGAUUUGCAUCGACGAAUCAACUGCGACGGGUGCUUUCGAUGAAGGCUUCGGAGCCACGAGACAAACUCUUUGCUUUGUGGGCGCUCUCGCCCGGCGUCCUGGGAAGAAUGAGGUGUUUCAUGAAGCUACAAGACUCAUCAUCGAAUAAGAAGGAAGUCUGCGGGGUGCUGUACUUCUCGAACCGAGCGAAGACCACAGCUGGCGUUCCUUGGGAUACUCUGCCCUCUUGGACCGUUGGCUUCGCCACAGAUGACGCCGAAAUGAGACCCUCGCAUAAAUCCUUUGCGCUGCCUCUGGGGGAAGCAAGCCGGUCUUCGCGUUUUCGAGAGACGGUAGAAGUGUUCAUCUCCGGGGAGUGCGUGUUGAGCGAGUCGCGAGUCCUCAAGUGCGUGGAGGGCACGAGGUGCGGUUCGGACGACAGUUUCAACGGCGAGAAGGAGCAGAAGUCUGGACAGACGUUCCAGCACGACUGUCAAAGUCCAUACCUGGAUGUACUAGGGAAUUUCAAGGAGGACGUAUCGUGUCUCAAAGAGCCGGGUUUUACAGUAGACAAGAUGAGCAGCAGCCUUUGUCGACUAUCGUGGUGGAUUAUCCAAGGUCCGAAAAAGACCGAAUGGUCUUCAUCCACACCAUCUUCGUUGACAGGUCAGGGCAUAACGGCCGUGUCAUCGCUAGUCGAGUGGGACUCACGACACUUUGGAAGCCAGUGCAGAGUCGCGCUUCGCGUCGGGAGGCUGUUCUUCACCUCGGAUCAGAUCGCUGGAUUUGCUGUCACCGGCGUACGUGAGGGCGACGCAGUAUGCCUCAUCGCUGGACUGGAUCAUCUUUUUAUCUUGCGGCCGGCAAAGGGUGACUACGGGAGGUACACGCUUGUCGGUCCGACGGUAUUUGCAGGUGCCAUGAGUGGUGAGAUGUGGCCCGCCAAUGAAGACGAAUUGGAAAAUUUCGAAGUUUUCUGA